UUUUAGUCAGUUUAGUCUGGACUGAGCAGAAGGAACUAAUCUUCUUCUUCUUCGUUGACUUUGGAAGGAUUUAUUUCAAGAGGAAGUGAAAGACAAAGACAGAAAAACUCAAACAGACCAAAAACAGCAGAUUCAUCUGAGGACCCCGAUCACUUUCACGUCCCCUUUCAGUCCAGCUUCACAACUUCAGCAACAAAGAUUCUGGAGUCCCAGGAACAAGUUUUGAACAAGUUUCUGAAUCUGAGCAGCCAAACAGGGAUCUUCUGGAAUCAGUUUUGAAGCUACAGAAAGUUUUAGAAAUACUAUUACCUCCAGAUUUUUCUCUAAAUUUGGAAGUGGUUUAGAAGUAGCAGUCCAUAAGAAUCUUUGGAGUUGCAGCAGCAGAUUCAGUGAAGGGUUCCAGGAUGGGACACAGAAUUUCCUCCAUGCCCUUUGGGUUCAUCCUGCUGCUGAUUUUCUGGUGUUUGUCAUUUAUUGAUCCAGCUGUCUGCCAACAUAUCCCCACAUCAGAGCCAUCUUUCUCAAAUCUGGUGAUGUCUGAUCUGCCAGGCUUCCAUGGCACUGACCAACCUCUAGACCCAGGCUUGAAUCAUUUGCAAAAUAAUGUGAAGAAGAGUGGUCACGGAAAGCAACACUUCCAAAAGCUGAAGCAACACAAAGAACAGCAACCGUCCACCAAUACAUCUACGGUGGUUAGGUGCUCAGUCAAUGUGAAAAUGAAAGCAACCUUCAGGUACAUCAAUGUCGUGCUUUCCUGUUUGAUCUUUAUUGUGGGAAUCAUUGGCAAUGCCACCCUGCUGAGGAUUAUCUCCCAAAACAAAAGCAUGAGGAAUGGACCCAACGCUCUCAUAGCCAGCCUCGCCCUUGGGGACCUGAUAUACAUCGCAAUAGUCAUGCCGAUCCAUGUCUAUAAGCCCUUGGCGAUGAGGUGGCCCUUUGCCGAGAAUGACUUUGGGCUGUUCCUCUGCAAGCUGGUUCCCUUUGUGCAGAAAGCUUCAGCCGGCAUCACCGUCCUCAGCCUGUGUGCUCUGAGUGUGGACAGGUACCGAGCUGUGGCAUCCUGGUCACGGGUGCAGGGCACGGGUCUCCCCACGGUAACAGCGGUGGAGAUUAUGGUGAUCUGGGUGCUGUCGGUGGUGCUUGCUGUGCCGGAUGCUGUCACCUUCACUAUGGUCCCUUCCACAUACAACAACCAUAGCUUCAAUGUCUGCAUGUUGUCACACAGGAACACACCCUUCCUGAAACGGAGAGAAGUCGCUAAGGUCGUGUUCUGCCUGGUGUUGAUCUUCGCCUUGUGCUGGUUUCCUCUCCAUCUGGGUCGCCUGCUGAAGAAGAUCAUCUAUGAUCGAGACCUCAGUGAGCAGCGAUGUGAACUUCUGAAUUUCCUGCUGGUCCUCGACUACAUCGGCAUCAACAUGGCCACCAUCAACUCCUGCAUCAAUCCCAUAAUCCUCUUCUUUGUGUCCAAGAAGUUCAAAAACUGCUUCAAGUCCUGUCUGUGCUGCUGGUGUUACUCUGGCUCUCUCUCUAACAGCAUGCUGCCUCUCCACCACGGGACGAGCCUGCAGUACAAACACACUGACCACUGAGCGAGCAGGACACUCGCCUCCAUCUGCAGCUCUGAGCGCUGAACCAGCAGCCACACAGAGACACUGACUGUGUGUGAAAUACAGCACAGAGUACACCAGCGCUUUC